AACUGUGGGAAAUAUGAAGCCACAUUGGCUGUCCUAUUUCAAGGAUAUUUUCUCGGAGCACGUACCUCUGACAACGUUAAUUCUAGGUAGGGUCCAGGGGUGUUUUCUCCACCCGGUUUUGGAAAUGUUUGAAAUAUAUAUGAUCCCUAGCGUCAAUUUGGUGCAUAUCUGCGGAAACUCGACGAGGUCACAACUGGAGAAUAAUAACCUCUAACUAAAAGGUAGUGAUCAUGAGUCGAACCAAGCUAUGUAUAUGAAAAUUAUGCACAAGUUAGAUGACCAACUCCACGAUAGUAUUCAAGAAGGUUGUGACCUUGCUAAGCAGUUACGAGAAAAAUCAGAAGUAAAUGAAACAUCAGAACCAGGCGAAACUUUCUUCAUACGUGAGACGGAAAGUUCAUCUACAGGGGAGAUGUCAAAAUCUUUGAUUGUCUUGUCUUCAAGGAAUGAAAAUCCCAGCGUUGAUGCCGAAGGUAUGAUUAGUUCCGAUGAUUCAUGUUGUAGCUUAGAUAAAGUUGGUGAACUUCUUAGAAUCACCGAUAAUGAUCAGGUAAAAGGCAUCGAUAGCAAUCGACAGUCUAGGAAAUUACACGAUUCACCUUUUUGCGAAUGGGAUUAUGAUUUCGUACCUCGAUUUGAUUUGAGCAAUGAAAGCUUUACAACAAGCGAAACACAUAUUUGUUUUGAUGGGAAAAGUGCAAUAAUUCCGGGUGGCGAUAGCAAUAAAGUGGAUCUGGAGCAAGAUAAUAUUAAAUAUGGACGUGAGUUUAAAUCAAGUGAAGUUGAUAGCGUAUUAAGUGUAAGUAGUGCUGUAGGAGAUGUUGGUGGUAAGAGACUUACAUGUAGUUCCCUUGCUGAUAGAGGAGAUACAUCUACAGUUCAUGCUGAUCUGACGCCAAGCCAUGAUACUCACAAUAACAUUACAAAUUUUGGUAGCACAGGUAGUUUACAUAAUACUAGUCGACCUCCCCUUAGCUAUCGUUGCGCCAACAAAACACUUAGCUUAGAGAGCAUGGACGGUAAAUCUAGUUCUAAUGGCCUAAGCAAAACGCUUAAUGUAGAUGUAGUGUGUAAAAAGCUUUGUUCAGAUGCCACUGGCAUUACACUUGGGUCAGUUUGUGUGGACAAAACAGUUAGUUCUGAUGUAACCGACAAAAAACAUAGUUCAAAUAUUGUUGACAAAUCACAUAGUGUAGGAGUUGUUGACAAAACGCUUAGCUUAGGAGAUGUUGGAUUUGUUCUUCGUUUUAAAGAUGGUUACAAUACAAGUACUGGGGAUUUUGAACAGAAGAAUGAUUUUGGUGACGAAAGAUCAAACUCCAUUGUUUAUAACAGCAGUAGCGAAAAUCAUUCUGCGAUCAUCUUUAAAGAUAAAAUUUUGGAGACCAAGGCUAGCCGUCUGGAAAAUAGAACACGACCGCAACAAAGUACAUAUUAUAAUGAAAUCCUAUCGCGUAUUGAAUCCGGCGCCGAUUCCCAUUUAAAAGACCGCUCUAUCACAGGUACACUGAAUCAUGAUAAUGGUUAUAUGAUGAAGCAGAUUGAUGCUAGAAAGGGUACUUCAGAUAGACAAUUGGGUGGUGAAUAUUCUUAUUCUCAUAAAGAAUAUGGCAGUAUUGCUAGUUGCAUGGAUGAAAUCAAUUGGAUGAAACGGGCAAAAGGUAACACACCAGAAAGUCACAAAGAGCCCCCAAAGGAAGAAGUUAGACGUUAUGAAAAUGAAAAUAAUAUUUCUAUCUCCGGCGAGGAAGAUAAAACUGAGAAUAAGUUUGGAAACAGUACCAGGGGAGAUUAUAAACCCCACGUAACCGAAACGAAAGGAAACUACUCUGGACAUUGUACACGAGAAAACACAUUCAGAGGUCAUAAGGAUGACAGGGGCUGUGAAAACUUUCAACAGAAAUUCUGUAUGAGAAAUGAGAAAGACGAUAUCAAGCAAAAGGGCCAAGUAGGAUUAUCCAAGUUUACUGCUUGUAAACUUCGCAGUUAUACAGUGCUACCACCCAUCGCCAAAAAAUCAAAUGCUAUUCAUAUCAAACCAGAACAAAAUUGUAAUGGGGAACAACCACGAGCAUCACAGUAGAAUAUUAAUAUGUAUUUAUUAUUUGUCGUGCUACGACUGAAAUCUUUGUUUUAAUCUUUGAGUAAUCGUGGCGAUCCUAUCAGGUCUUAUCAUAUACUGCGCAAAAUGAAGUAUGAACUUUCUGAUGAACGAAUAAAACCAUUCUUUAUUUUUCAAAGUUAACGCUAAAUAAUGCAAGAACAAGUAUGUCUAGACACACAAGUAAGA